UGCGUCAUACCAUCAUCAUCCCCCGCGCGUAUCCUUGGCAGACAAAAGGACCCAAAUAAUUACCACGAACGACGAACUGUGAAGCAAUAAUUUCCCCCAACUCCGACGAUGGCUAGCAUAUCAGACAUAAUCAGGGGCGACCUCGAGCGCACCGAGGCGACGUACAGACAGACCAUUACCGCCCGCCGCGAGGAGAGAGACCCGGGGGAGUUCGUCGGGGAACUGAUGCGCCACCUCAUCGCCGAGGAGAUCGUGAUAACCCCCGUACUGGAGGCGAGAUUGGCGGAGAGUGAGGACGCGCGGGACAGGGUUCGGAAGGAUUAUAAGAGCAUAAAGGAGAAGCUGCGACGGCUGUUGGAUUUCCGCCCCGAUGAAGAAAGCUGCAUGUCUUCGCUGAGGGCGGUGUGGCUCGAUAUGGAGCCCCAUCUCCAAGAGGAGGCUGCGGGAGAGCUGGUAUGGCUUCAGCAGAGUCUUACGGCGGAGGAAUCCGAAACAUUGUCGAGGGAAUACAACGAGAUUAAACGUUUAGUAGAGCGUCGGUGUGGGCAUGCAGCGAGUUCUGGCGACGUCACACGUACGAUCUUGGAGACGCCGCCAGAGGACUUGAGGCCAUUUCUAGUGGACGGGGAUAAUUUGUAAAUUGAACGAAAUGAGCUGGCGCCUAAAUUCGAACAUCAGAGCCCACAACUUCGUAGGUACUUCAGGUAGGUAGUCGGACAGGGCCUGACCUACGUCAUACCCGCAG